AUGGUAAAGAAAUCAGAACAAGAAGAUUUAGUGAAUGAUGUAGAAUCAUUACAGUUAGCACAAGAUGAACGUAUAUUUAUAAAAGCUUCAAAUUUGUUUGUUAAAAAAUGGUCGAAAAAAGAACCAAAUUUCAUAGAAUAUUUCCAAAACGAAUGGUUAACAACACAUAAUGCAUGGUAUGAAGGAGUUGGUCAUUUUACACCAAGUACCAAUAAUGCUUUAGAAGCCACAAACAAUGUUAUAAAAAAGGAAAAUACACUUCGUGAACGUCUACCUUUAUCAAGAUUUAAAGUAUUAGCAUUUGAAAUUGUUGAAAAAUGGUCGAAAUGUUAUGAAAGAGGUUUAAAGAAAUACAAUUACAAGCAGACAAUCUCAUUAGAAUUAUGGAAAACAGGAUAUCAAUGGGUUAAAUUAAACAAAUCAAUACUUUCGACUGAAUGUGAUAAUUUAGUUCAAUAUUAUAUACCAGCUGGUGACGAAACUAAAAUUACAAACGUCGGAAUUGAUGUAGUAAAGAAAAUGAAAUGGUAUACAUUUGAUCAAUAUAAAAAAAAGCAUUCACUAUUUGCAUUUUUUAAGAAGUUGAUGUGUAAACAUGUUGUCGGCAUGGCAAUUAGAUUAAAUCACUGUAAACCACCACCUGCUGCUAAAAAUGUUAAAAUUGGUGAAAAAAGACGUCGUGGUAGACCAUCAAAAUCCAAAAAAGCGUUACUAAUUCAAUAA